CUCUGUCCUAGGAACAGGCUUCCCCAGAAACCCUCCCUGGUUCGGACAUGAAUUCCAGCUACUUGCUGAGUCCCGCUGCCCGCUGCCAGGAGCCAGGAGAGCACUGAGGAGAGCACUCAGGAGCAGCCGGCGCUUGGGUCCGCCAUGAACUGGGCGAUCUUCGAGGGGCUCCUAAGUGGGGUCAACAAAUACUCCACAGCCUUUGGGCGCAUCUGGCUGUCCCUGGUUUUCAUCUUCCGUGUGAUGGUGUACCUGGUGACAGCCGAGCGCGUGUGGAGUGACGACCACAAGGACUUCGACUGCAACACGCGCCAGCCCGGGUGCUCCAAUGUCUGCUUUGACGAGUUCUUCCCCGUGUCCCACGUGCGCCUCUGGGCCCUGCAGCUCAUCCUGGUCACGUGCCCCUCGCUGCUGGUGGUCAUGCACGUGGCCUACCGCGAGGCUCGAGAGAAGAGGCAACGAGAGGCCACUGGGGAGGGCGGUGGGCACCUCUACCUCGACCCUGGCAAGAAGCGGGGUGGGCUCUGGUGGACGUACGUCUGCAGCCUGGUGUUCAAAGCUGGCAUAGACGCCACCUUCCUCUAUGUGUUCCACUCGCUCUACCCCAAAUAUACCCUUCCUCAUGUGGUCAAGUGCCACGCAGUUCCAUGUGGCAAUAUAGUGGACUGCUUCAUCUCCAAGCCCUCGGAGAAGAACAUCUUCACCCUCUUCAUGGUAGUCACGGCCGCCGUCUGCAUCCUGCUCAACCUCGUGGAGCUGGCCUACCUGGUGAGCAAGAGGUGCCGCGAGUGCCUGGCAGCGAGAAGAGCCCAAGCCGCAUGGACUGGGCAUCACCCACACUGCAAGCAGGACGACCUCCUCUCAGGCGACCUCAUCUUUCUGGGCUCAGACACUCACCCUCCUCUCGUACCAGCCCCGCCUCGAGACUACGUGAAGAAAACCAUCCUGUGA